AUGUCUCCCCAACUCCCUCGGCUGUCCGCUCUUGCGACAGUCGUCCUCGCCAGUCUUGCAUCUGCAACACCUCGGCUGGUCGCUCGGCAAGCCAAUGAGACCCUGGGCAGAGGCUGCGCUGCUCUCGUCCACGCCGGCCUCUCACCGCAACUGUAUUUCUCGGCCGAUAGCGAGUACGUCGAGACGCUUGAGUCGUACUACGACGGAGCCGUCCAGGAGGUGACCCCGCGGUGCGUCUUCAAGCCGGAGAACACGGCGCAAGUCGCGACCGCGCUGAGAGCCCUCAGCGCUGAGGAUGGCGGCUGUUGGACGGUGGCGAUUCGUAGCGGAGGGCACUCGCCUGUCCCGAGCAAUAAUGCCCAGAAUGGUGUGACGAUUGAUCUUGGCCGGCUUGAUUCGGUCACGUACGGGGAGGAUGACCAUGCCGAGGGUCGCGGAGUCGCCUCAAUCGGCUCCGGGGCCAGAUGGGGCGAUGUCUACACCGAGCUUGAGAAACAGGGCGUUAUGGUCACUGGGGGACGGGAAGGCCAUGUCGGUGUUGGGGGAUUUCUUCUUGGCGGCGGCUUUGCUUGGCAGUCUGGUAAGCAGGGAAUGGCAUGCGACAACGUCGUCAGCUAUGAGGUUGUUCUUGCCAAUGGUACUGUGAUUACUGCAUCCUCUACCAGUCAUCAUGAUCUCUGGCGGUCUCUAAAGGGCGGCUUGAACAACCUCGGUCUUGUCACUCGAUUCGACAUGCGAACGUUCCCUUCCCAAGACGCCUACGGUGGCAUCACGGCGUUUUCCUACGAUAAAGCUGAAGCGGUCUUGGAAAAGCUCGACGCAAUGAUCCGAAGGAACCCAGAGAACCCCGCAGAGAACGGCUUCGUGUCCUUGUCUUGGAACCCUGCCACAGGUCCCUCUACGGCAUGGGUCCUUGCCAACGUCGAUGGUGUAGAGAACUCAACAUCAUUCGUGGGACUCGAAGAUUUGAACCCAGUCGUCGACACCCGCUCUCAUGCUGCAAUCUCGAGUCUCGUGAAACAGAUCGAGGGAGGGUUAGGGCUCUACAAUGUGUGGUUCACACUCACAUUCCACUCUUCCAUGAGCAUGGUCCGGAAGGUGAUUGAAGUAUUCGACAGCCUCAUUGCAGAGUUCGAGAAUACUCUUGGUGACGAGGACCGGAUCAUCUUCGUCUUGACACCUCUGCCGACGAACUACGCAGGAAACGGCGAGAAUGUUCUCGGUAUCAACGAUGCGGGUUACGAACCGAGUAUGGUACUUCAGGCUGAAGCUCUACUAACCACGCCGGAGCAUAAGGAGUUGUUGACAGAAGCUCUCCAGCGAGCAGUCGAAAACACUAUCUUCCUCUGGUCUGCCACCACGCACCAGCGUACGAGGUGGAAAUACCUCAACUACGCUAAUCCCCUCCAAGACGUGUGGUGGACUAUUGGAGAGGAUAGGUUCCUUUUGAAUCGUACGGCGCAGGCAUAUGAUCCCACCGGCUUCUUCCAAGCACGGGUGGCGGGGGGAUUCAAGAUAUCCCAGUCUGACUAG